AUGCGUGCAAGUUACAUUGAUAUUCAUCCGAAUGCAACAUGGUCAAAGAAUGGUACCACUAUUGCUGGAGGAAAUGGACGAGGCAGUGGAACCAAUCAACUCUCAAACCCAUUGGGUUUGUACGUCGACGACGAUCUAACGAUUUAUGUUGCUGAUCAAUUGAAUCAUCGUAUUAUGGAAUGGAAAACUGGUGCAACGAAUGGAAAAGUCGUUGCUGGUGGAAAUGGAGCAGGAAAUGGAGCUCAUCAAUUAAAUAGCUCAACAGAUUUGAUUAUCGACAAAGAGAGCGAUAGUCUCAUCAUCAGUGAUAACGAGAAUAAAAGAGUAGUUCGUUGGCCUCGUCGAAAUGGUACUCGUGGAGAAACAAUUAUUUCAAAUAUCUCUUGCAGCGGUUUGAUAAUGGACAACAAUGGUUAUCUCUAUGUCGCUGACAAUGGAAAACAAGAAGUGAGACGAUAUAAAAUUGGUGAUACUCAAGGAACAAUGAUUGCAGGUGGCAAUGGACAAGGAAAUCGUCUUGAUCAACUCUCUAACCCCUUAUACGUAUUUGUCGAUCGAGAUCAUUCAGUUUAUGUGUCUGAUUGGGGAAAUCAACGUUUCAUGAAAUGGGAACAAGGUGCAAAACAAGGCAUUGUCGUAGCCGGUGGUCACGGACGAGGAAAUAGUCUUACACAAUUGUCUAAUCCUCAUGGAGUCGUUGUCGAUCAAUUGGGUACUGUUUAUGUGGCUGAUUGUCGGAAUCAUCGAAUCAUGCGUUGGCCAAAAGGAGCCACACAAGGAAGUGUCAUUAUUGGUGGAAAUGGUCAAGGAGCACAGUCGAAUCAACUCAAUUGUCCCACAGGUUUAUCAUUCGAUCGACAUGGUAAUCUCUAUGUUGUCGAAUGGCAAAAUAGUCGAGUACAAAAAUUUACUAUCAAAUGAACUCAAUUUGUAUUAUUAAUGUUUUUUUCGUUCUCUAUCUCCACUUUCAAAUAAAUCAUGAUUGCAUGGAAAAAUGCAUUCGAAUUCUUUUCUAUUCUCGUACGUGUGCGCGACCAGGAACCAC